GUCUGACUGUGCGAUCCUAGAGUUCUAUAACACCUGGCCAUUCUCUCUUUAACAGGAACUGUGGACAAGCACUCAGUGGAGGUCACCAAUUGCUUUUCAGUGCCACACAAUGAGUCAGAAGACGAAGUGGCUGUUGACAUGGAAUUCGCUAAGAACAUGUAUGAAUUGCACAAAAAAGUCUCUCCAAACGAGCUCAUCCUGGGCUGGUAUGCGACAGGCCAUGAUAUCACAGAACAUUCGGUGUUGAUCCAUGAAUAUUACAGCCGGGAAGCCCCGAACCCCAUUCACCUCACUGUGGACACAGGUCUCCAGAAUGGCCGCAUGAGCAUCAAGGCCUAUGUCAGCACUUUAAUGGGUGUCCCUGGGAGGACCAUGGGAGUGAUGUUCACACCUCUAACAGUGAAGUACGCGUAUUACGACACAGAACGCAUUGGAGUUGACCUCAUCAUGAAGACAUGUUUUAGCCCCAACCGGGUGAUCGGGCUCUCAAGUGACUUGCAGCAAGUAGGCGGGGCCUCGGCUCGAAUCCAGGAUGCCCUGAGCACUGUGUUGCAGUAUGCAGAGGACGUGCUGUCUGGAAAGGUGUCUGCUGAUAAUACUGUGGGCCGCUUCUUGAUGAGUCUGGUUAACCAAGUACCCAAAAUAGUUCCUGAUGACUUUGAGACCAUGCUCAACAGCAACAUCAACGACCUGCUGAUGGUGACCUACCUGGCGAAUCUCACCCAGUCACAGAUUGCCCUCAAUGAGAAGCUUGUAAACCUGUGAGUGGGCCCCAAGCGGCACUUGUGCUGCUCUUGAGUUUCACUCUAGGACUCAGAUGGAGUGGAGGCUAAAGGGUUUCAUUGUGGCCUUGAGUCAUACUGAUUCAGCCAGCUGCUUUUGACUCCAAAUAAACAGAGCCUGCCUUUUGUAAGUGCA